GAUGCGAGAUACUGCAAGAAAAAUAGAAGAAAAGUAUUUUUCCAAUCUCGCAACACAUGUUGAAUUUCUCCCGGUUGAAUGGAGAUCAAAACUCACCCUCGAUGGAGACACUGUGGACUCCAUUACUCCAGAUAAAGUACGAGGUUUAAGGGAUAUGCUGAACAGCAGCGCCAUGGAUAUCAUGUAUUAUACCAGUCCUCUUUACAGAGAUGAACUGGUGAAAGGGCUGCAGCAGGAGCUGAACCGGCUAUACACACUCUUCUGCUCCCGGAAUCCGGAGUUUGAGGAGAAAGGAGGGAAAGUCUCGAUUGUGUCCCACUCGCUGGGCUGCGUCAUCACCUACGACAUCAUGACUGGCUGGAACCCAGUCAGGCUUUACGAACAGUUGCUGCAGAAGGAAGAGGAGGAGCUUGAAGACCGUUGGAUGAGCUACGAGGAGCAACGUUUACUUGAAGAACUUUACAUAACUAAACAACGGUUGAGAGAGAUAGAAGAGAGGUUACAUGGGUUAAAGGCAUCCACCAUAUCAAAACCACCUGUCUUAAAAUUUAAGGUUGAGAAUUUCUUCUGUAUGGGAUCUCCAUUAGCAGUGUUUUUGGCGUUGCGUGGCAUCCGUCCAGGAAACAGCGGUAGUCAAGACCAUAUUCUGCCCAGAACAAUUUGUAACCGCUUACUAAAUAUUUUUCAUCCAACAGAUCCAGUGGCCUAUAGGUUAGAACCGUUAAUUCUGAAACACUACAGCAACAUUUCGCCUGUCCAGAUCCACUGGUACAACACUGCGAACCCUCUACCUUAUGAGCACAUGAAGCCAAGUUUUCUCAACCCAACAAAAGAACCUACCUCAGUGACAGACGGUGAAAGUGUUUCAACCGGGCCAAGCCCAACGACUUCACCGGUCAUGGUUCGACGCCACUACGGGGAGUCUAUAACUAACAUAGGCAAAGCGAGUAUAUUGGGCGCUGCGAGUAUUGGGAAGGGCCUCGGCGGGAUGCUUUUUUCCAGAUUCGGUCGAUCUAGUCCAGCCACCCCACAGACACUGGAGACGGGAAAAGAUGGGGCCGAGGGGGACGACAAGAAGGCCACAACUGUUGGGACGCCGCCUCUCCCGCACAGCAGCUCGGGCUUUCUCGAACCUGCAGUGGAACUGGAGCACAGGAUUGAUUUCGAGCUCAGGGAAGGUCUCGUGGAGAGCAGAUACUGGUCUGCAGUCACAUCACACACUGCCUAUUGGUCAUCUCUGGAUAUUGCUCUUUUCCUUCUAACCUUCAUGUACAAACAGGACCAAGAAGACACUGACAAAUCCAAUUUAGACACUAUUUGAAUUUUGGACUGGGGAUGGGGCGGGAUGGGAAAGGAAAUUUUAAAACAAAUGGCACAAAACUGAUGUUUUACUGUCAGAUCUCUUCAGCUCCACAUCCUAUUAUCCACAGUACCAUGGAAAGACCAUUCUGACUGCUGGCUUCCGAGGGCGUAUUGUACGUGACACAUUUAGAAACUAAUGCUGAAAAAAGCAUGAAGCAAAUAUUUGAAAUACUGUAAUUAUAAUUUAUUAUUCUCUCUAAUUGUUUCAUUUUAUUCCAGUGUAUAAAACAUUACUUUUUUACUGGUUUCUUUUGACAUAAUUUAAGAACCACAUUUAUUUUCUACAGUGUUAAGACUUUUACUCAGAAAUACAUAUCUUUGUACUACUAUUCAAAUGAAUAUAUGGACACUGUGGCACACUUUAAGUAUUUUUUCAUUAAAAAUAAAUAUUUGUGGUUUCACACAAA